AUGAGCAAGCCUGGUCGGUUCUCGCCAGGGAGCGACUCCGAGUCAGACUGGCUCGAGGAGGAUGAUGUCGAUGUGGACCAAGAGGCAGGGCCGAGCCGACCGCGAGCCGCAUCUCCGACCAAAAAGAAGGCGAGGAUAGCAGCGCCAGGCGAUAAGGUCGACAGUGGAAUGAGCGCCCACACCGCUCACCGACUAUCUCAGGCGUAUCGUCAGCCAAAAUGGCGCAAGCUGUCGAAUUUGGUGAGCCACGACGUUUACGAGAUUCACAGUACCUCUGCCAAGGCGGUGCGCCAGGUCGAGAGGAAACUGGAGAGGUUCCAGGACAGAGCGAACGAGUGGGGGAUCAUCGAAGAUAAGCAGCCUCGAUCGAUGGCUGGGCGUUGCAGCCAAUGCCAGAGUAAAGACGUGGACUGCAUAGUCCAGCUAGCUCCGGUAGACUCCGAGCUUUUCAUAGUCUCUGCGUGUAUUGCCUGUCACACUUUCCAUCACGGGUGUGAUCUGCUCAUCAGGCACAGGGAUGAGCCAUACCAAGCGCGCUCGGCGCCAGCGAGGAGAAGCUCUGGAACUCGCGCAAGUCCCCGCAAGCCGCCUGUCGCUUCCAAUCUGCGCCCUGCUUCUCUGAGCGCGACUGCCAGCCGAACCUCCUCCAUCAAGGCCAGCAAGGUAGCUGUGCCGCGUCCACCCACAUCCAAGGCGCCACUUCCCAUCGAUGCGUCCGGGUUACGGCGGAAUCCCAAAGCAUCAUCCGCUAUCGCGCCCGUCUCGGCGGCACUCAGCGCGAGCAAUAGUCUGCCCGAAUCGCCGGAUACCAGCAGCAGACGUCCCAGGCUCGACAAGAACAUCGCGUCCGCUAUUGCCAAAGAAUCAGCGGACUCGGCCGUUAAAGACCUGGGCGAGUUUGUGCUCAGUAUGAGGGGAAAGCUGCCGGGAGCGGAUUUGAAGACAAGGAGCAUGUUCUUCAUGAUAGAAGAUCAGUUGUCGGUCAUUCGAAAGUACGUCGAAGAAACUUGCGUUCAAUCUCAUGUCUCCGGGGGUCUUUGUAUGCUCAUAUCAUCCAUUUACUAUCGAUGCGCUCGGUAUCUAGGCGGUGACAUCUACCAUGAAUCACUUUCUAUGCCGGAACAAGCGAGUCGCGCUCGACAAGGACCGAAGCUGGUGCAGUGGCUGAGCGCUGCUGCAGCGCUGACUUCCGUACUUCCGACGGAAGCGCCAAAUAUCAGCGGUCCGCCUGCGCCAAACCUCCUCAAACCUGCUAUCAACAACAACUUUCAUCUACCUUGCUGUUUCGUCUGCACGAGCAGCCUAGUACAUCCGCAUUUCGAACCCGCGAUGUCGCAAAACCGCAGACGGUCCCGGUCGGCCUCCGACAGCACCACUUCGGACUGGCGAGACGAGAUUGAGUUUGUCGAGCCUGACGAGGGGGGUAUCAACAAUGUCGAGAGCAGGCAGAAUGAGGCAGAAUAUGCCCCUUCUCCUCAGGCGAGAAAGAAGAGAAAGUCGACGCAAAAGGCGGUACAAGAUGUGGAUGUUGACUCAACCGGGAAGGAGCAGGCGAGGGGGAGCUUUGUCUUGGUCAACAACAUUCGGGAAAAUACAGUAUGGCAGACAUACUGCGAGAAGGUCAGCGAUACCCUUCAACGCACAGCUGGGUCCAAGAGCGAAGAACGGACUUCUCAGUCAUUGAAGCAGCUCUCAGACUUCGAGUGUACCUGGGGCAUCAUCCGCGAGUCCAAGAUGGGGGACAAAAACUCUUCGUGCAUGGCUUGCUUCAGAUCCAAAGAGGAAUGUAUCGUCAAGGUGUCACCUCAACCCGCAGUGCAGACUGACUCGGCUGGCUCAUCAGCUCCCUCGACGUCUUAUCGAGCGAUCUCUCGCUGUAUCCGCUGUAUUGCCCAAUGCGCCGGAUGUGAUGCCUAUCUGUCUCUAUACUCGCCCUCGAGCAGCCAAAACCCCAAAUCUGCGCCAUCCACCAAAGCCAAAUCCAAACCCAAGGUCAUCAACGAUCCCCCUCUCCCCCGCCGCUCAACUCAAUCCGCCUCUCAGGCAGUGACCAAAUCCGUUCCUGCCAGACAGCCAACACGAGAGCAGCCUACUUUCCCCGCGGCGAAGCCAUCAACCCGACGCAAAGUACGGCAGCCCGAUAGAGCGCCGAGCGAGCCAGACCUCUCGUGGUCCGUCGAGGCCAAGCCAGCUACGAACGGCUACUCGGCACCAAGCCUCUCUCCGCAGCCGGAGAGCGAUUAUGGGGCUCCGGAAAGCAGCAGGGAGGACGUUCUCACUGCUAUCAGCGACGUCAAGGAGUUUGCGGACAAUAUGAGGAAGAUCUUGUCGGAGAAGGGCAAGUUGGACUUGCCCACGAGGAGUCUGUUCCUCAUGGCGGAGCAUCAGAUUCAGUUGAUAGAGAAGUAUGUGGAGGAGCGCUGUAUAUCGGCUGCACGAGGAGGAAUGCCGGUUGUUUACGGCAUAUCGGUGCCUGGAUUUAGAAGUCCGUCCGCCGAGCUCACUGCUCAUCAAUUUCUGAUACUUUCCUUCUCUUUCACUCUGUUCCGCACUGCGCCGUUGCACGGCAUCAUGGUUGCCCCCGUCAAGAAGGAACGGUCGCCCUCUGUCGAUGACGAGUCAGACUGGCUCGAAGAGGAUGACUAUGUCGAACCUUUCGCCCCGCCCGCUCCAGCGAAACGUCCUCUGGGCGGAAAUGGCUCAACCCAGCUACCCAGCAAGAAGCGAAAGUCGGAGGGUGGGGCCGCGAGCACGGCGGACGGCGUGAAGGGAGAUUCUAGCCAUCAGUAUCGCCAGCCGAGCUUUACACAUCUUCCGGCUGUCAGGCAGCAUUCGUUAUGGCGGGAAGGAUGCAAGCGAUUUGAGACCCUGUCGAAGGACUACGCUUUGAAAAGCAUGACGGUCAGGCGGGCUGGCGCGAAUCUUGACAAGCUCCAAGACAAAACAGCUAUCUGGGGUAUUGUUGAUUUGGAUCAACCAGGCGGAGCAGAGGGCCCAUGCAGCACCUGUAUGGACGGCGGCAUCGACUGUAUCGUGCGUCUCGAGCCGAAAGCCUCGACAUCGAAGCAGGGCAGGUGCUUGCAUUGCCACAUGUGGAACAAAGGUUGCGACCUAUUUUUGACCAAACUGAAGACACCAGGCGGAUCCACCAGUCCCGACCAAGACCAUGCGGUCCGACCCUUCUGCCACACAUCGCCCUCAACGCCCUGGUCCGCCGCCGUCCCAGAUCGACAUCCCUCCUCCGACAUUCUCGCUGUACAAGUCCCAGCCAGCCCCAGCGACGAUCCCGGUUACAGUACCGGUCCCAGCUUCAGCGUCGACCUCCAGACUCAACACGGUCGAAUCGGAUGA